AUGCUCGCGGGACCGGACAAGGCCGGCGCGGGCAGUACGUUCGCGGCCCCCGGCAAGAUCGGCACAGACGUCAUGCCCGAGCCCGACAUGCCCGCCACCGACGGCAUGCCCGACACCAACGACAUGCCCGAGCCCCUCGCCAUGCCUGACUCCGCCAUCCCGUUCAUGCCCGACAAACCCGACUCGACCUUCCCGUUCACGGCCCCCAGUAGCCCCAGCAAGGACGACACCCGCGCGGCCUCCGACAUGCCCUGCAACGACGCAAUACCGGCAGCCCCUGACAUGCCCUACACGGUCGGCAUGCUCGCGGACCCCGACAAGCUCGGCGAGGCCAACCCUUCCGCGGUCCCCGACACGCUUGGCACGGACGGCAUUCUUGGCAAGGAAGCCACGAUCGAGUCCCCCGAGAUGCCCGGUACCAACGCCAUACCGGCGACUCCGUCUGCCCCCUCCCCUCGACCAGCCCAGCGCGAACGGCAUGCUCGCGGACCCAGAUCAUCCCAAGGCUCACGAUCACCGACCAUGCCCGACCUGGACUGCGUGCUGAUCCCAACUUGGACAAAGCCCUGUGUGGAAAGCAUGAUCGUGGCCUCUUACAAGCCGGACAUGCCAAUGCGCCUGCGAGUCCCUCGUCGACAGCCUGCCAUACCUCCCGGCGAGCCGGGUAGCUCAGCGAACGACCGGGGCUUAUGA